AUGGGCUUAAAAAAGUUCUUCAAAAUGAAGCCUCCGGAGGAGGAUACAGCGGAAAUGAACCGAGAGAAGUUGAUUGAACUAGGUAUCCCUACUAAGAACGUAAAUCGAACUAAGAAGGAGAAGUUUGCGGCUUAUGGACAUUUUGCUAAGGAUAAAGCUGAGGACCGGUUCUACGCUCCUCCUGGGUACGAAAAUCACGCCAAGAAGCAGGACGACUCGGCUUUGGAAGACUUGAACAAGUCAGAAAUGGACUCAGGAGCCGAAACUGGUGCCUAUUUGCGUGCACCAAACAAGAGCAGCUUUGAUCCGUAUGCUAGAAACAACGUUCAGAACCACGGACAGAAUUCGAGUCCCUAUACACAGGCUAGUCCCUACGAGAGCACCCCAAGUAAUCCAUAUGAACGUGUGCCUGGCAAUCCUUACGGACAGCAGCAGUCAAGCUCGAACUCAACCAAACAGCAAAAUGCAUAUUCAAGUCCUUACGGAGGCCAGCAGUCGAGUUCAAGUCCCUACGGGAGCCAAAACUCAAGUUCCAAUCCUUAUGGAGGUCAACAGUCAAGUACCAACCCUUACAGAGGCCAGCAACCGUAUGCCAGCCAGAGCUUUUCCCGAUCAGCUACACCAGCAACAUCUCAAAAUCCUUAUAGCGGCUUGAGCAAUGACCCAUACAGCUCUACGAGCAGGAACAAUAGCUACAAUGCGCUAUCAAAGCUGCAACCGAUGCCAGCUUCGGGCUAUAAACCUUACACUGGCUACGACAACAAUGGAAAUAGCAACCGUAGCGCUGCAAAACCUGCUUCAGAUCCUUACAGUCCACGCGAAAGUAUAGCAAGGCAAAGAUUGCGCACCGCGGACGAUUCCCAAGAACCUGCAUCUGUUGGUCCAGAAGACUCGUUUGAUUUUGAGGGUCCUUCAAAAGCCGAACGCAUUGACUCCAAUCUUCAGGACGAUGAUAUCGACUUGAAUGCCACCAUGCAAGAAGAAGAAGACGAUUUCAACAAACCCAUGCAAGAUGGGUACCAGGGCAAUGCAUACCAGCGUCAACAGCUGCAACAGCAACCAUCACGGCAAGGCAGCUAUCGCCAAGACGGCAGCAACUCUCGCGGGUUUCAAACCUUUGAGGAAAUGCAAAGAGAAAAUGAACAGAGACAACAGCAGGAAGAAGACGAGGCUGUGGAUGAGAUCAAACAGGAAAUCAGGUUCACGAAACAGAGUUCUGUGGCCUCGACUAGAAAUACCUUAAAGAUGGCGCAGGAAGCGGAGAUGGCAGGAACGAACACACUUGGGAUGCUGGGUCAUCAAAGUGAGAAAUUGAACAACGUAGAGAGAAAUUUGGAUUUGAUGAAAAUGCAAAACAGAGUUGCAGAUGAUAAAGUGGCCGAGUUGAAAAAGCUCAACCGGAACAUAUUGGCAGUUCAUGUAAGCAAUCCUUUCAAUUCCAAAAGGCGUCUGCGAGAAGCAGAAGAUCGUAUCCGGACGCAAAGAAUUGAGGACAAACUCAUUCAAAAACAAACAAAUGGCCGUCUGCUGCAGUCCACCAAUCGUAUUGAAAGUGCAAUCAAUUCUACAAGCCAAGAACCACACGACAGUGUGAAACAGCGCUAUCAAAACCAGGCUAUAUUAGAGAAGUCUAAGAGGUAUCAGUUCGAAAAUGACGAGGAAGAUGACGAGAUGGAACUUGAAAUUGACAAGAAUUUGGACAAGAUAGGCCAGAUCAGCGGGCGUUUGAAAAGGCUCGCUGUUGCAAGCGGUGAAGAAAUUGAUGCACAGCAGAAUCGGGUGGCUAACAUCGAAGAGGACACUGAUAACUUGGAUAUCAGGAUUCACUUGAACACCACGCGGCUGACGCAAAUCCGUUGA